AUGUUCUUCUGUGCUAUUUCGGGUUCCCCUCCUACCGCUCCUGUCGUCUCAAAGACUUCAGGUACUGUUUACGAAAAAGCCUUGAUCGAGAGGUAUAUCGAGGAAAAUGGAACUGAUCCAAUCUCUGGUGAACCUCUAACCAAGGAAGAUCUUAUUGAUGUCAAAGCCAAACCAUCUACUUUACCUCCUCGUCCGGCCAACCAAACAUCCAUACCUGCGUUACUUACCGCGCUUCAAUCCGAAUAUGAUGCCAUAAUGCUUGAAUCAUUAGAGAUUAAGAAGGCUUUCCAAAGUUCUAGACAAGAACUUGCCAACGCAUUGUACAGAGAGGAUGCUGCUACUAGAGUGAUCGCUAGACUGAUGAAAGAGAGAGAUGAAGCUAGACAAGCUUUAUCUUCCAUUCAAUCUACCAUUGGUUUCCAACCCGCUGCUACCGAGGCUCCUGCUGAAGAUGUGGAGAUGGCUCCUGAGGCUGCUGAAGGUGCUCUCCCUUCUGAAGUUGAAGCUAAAAUUAUGGAGACCAAUCAAGCUCUGUCUUCUGGAAGAAAGAAGAGGAAGCCUGCUGCCGGCUAUUUCAAGGCCGAUCAAAUCAAGACAUUUGUUCAAACGUCUCACGUUCCUUCAUUACACGCUACCAAACCGGCUGGAAUCACAGCUUUAGACGUGGCUAAAGAUGGCAAUACUGUAGUCACCGGUGGAGCUGAUAAAGUGGUUCAAAUAUUCGAUCUUGAAUCUUCAAAGGUACUUGGAACACUUAAAGGACACACCAAAGCUGUCACUCACGUCGCAUUCAGAGAGAAGGAAGGUGAAUCUAAAUUGGCGAUUAGUGCAAGUGCGGAUAAAACUGUCAAGAUCUGGGGCGAAGAAGAUGGAAAAUGGUCAAAUAAAUCUAAUAUAACAGGACAUAAAGGUGAAAUUACAGGUUUGUCAUUACAUCCUACUGGCGAUUUCGUCUCUGCAGCUUCAUCAGAUUCGACUUGGUCAUUAUAUGAUUUGGAAACAUCAAAAGAAAUUUCAAAAUAUACUUCAAUCGAAAACAUCUCUGGUGGAUUCUCAUACACAUCAUUCCAAUGUCAUCCAGAUGGAAUCUUACAUGGUGGUGGAACGAAAGAUGGUAUAGUCAGAGUAUGGGAUAUUAGACAAGCUUCGUCUUUAGCUGCAAGCUUAGAAUCUCAUUCAACACCUUUAACCACUUUAUCUUUCUCUGAAAACGGUUACUAUUUAGCCACUGGUUCUUCAAAUGAUCCAACUGUCAAAAUAUUCGAUUUGAGAAAAUUAGACAUCUUGUCAAGUUGGUCAUUACCUUCUGAAAAUACAAUUUCAGAAGUCAAAUUCGAUCCUUCAGCUCAAUUCUUAUCCGUUUCAGGAACAGAUCUUAGAGUAUACGCAAAUAAAUCUUGGGAUGAGUUACUCAAAUUCGAAGAUAACGCUGGUGUUUUAACAGGUGCAAGAUUCGUUAAUAACGGAAGUCAAAUCGUCCUUAGUGGUUUAGAUAGAACAUUGAGAGUUUUGGGCGUUCAAUCUUAA